UGGUUCCAGUUAUUAGUACUGCCGCAGAAGUCUGAUACUGCCUCUGUUCUGCCCUGCCUUCAGUUUGGGUUUCUGUGCACUACUCCUACCUGAUUCCCGUGAGAUCCUUUUGCUUCUAGCCGUUUACAAAACCCAUGUUUUCAAUAAUUAGACCCAACGGCAUACAUGCAAAAGGCUCUUAUUCUUGAUAGCGAUCGUUUAGUCUCUAUCACAUCAUCAUCAUCUUCCCUCUCUUCUUUCCUGGAUUUUUACAAUCCCCCUCCUCCAUCCUCAUCCUUCUCCUCGCUCCUGUCCCAGUCCUUUUCUUGCUCCAAAAAGUCCAAAGUUUCCCGUCUCCUCUCUUUAAGUAAAGGCUAGCGUAAAAUGGAUGACAGUUUUUCUGAUAUUCUUGAAGACAAGGAAUUUGGUGGAGAUGACCUCUUUGCCAUUUUGGAGAGACUUGAGGACUUCGCUGACUUUCCUCCCGUUGAUGAAGCUGUUGUUAGCACUAAGGAGAAAGAGGAAACUUCAAGGUUCGUUUCACAAAAAUCAACUUCAAGUGCUCUACAAGAAUCUGAAGAAACUGAGCUUGAAGCUUCACCCAAAAGCAAGAGACAGAAGCUCGUACCGACCACUUCUUUGGAGGAUCCAAACCCAGACGGCCAACAAAGGAUAUCUCACAUCACUGUUGAGCGCAACCGAAGAAAGCAAAUGAACGAGCACUUGUCCGUCUUAAGGUCACUUAUGCCAAACUUCUAUGUCAAACGUGGUGACCAAGCAUCGAUUAUUGGAGGAGUGGUUGAUUACAUAAACGAGUUGCAGCUGAUUCUACAGUCCCUAGAAGCCAAGAAGCAAAGAAAAGUAUACAGUGAAGUGCUGAGCCCUAGGCUAGUCUCAAGUCCAAGGCCUUUAGCCCUUAGUCCUAGAAAGCCCCCUUUAAGCCCUAGGCUAAGCUUGCCCAUUAGUCCGAGGACUCCACAACCAGGUAGUCCUUACAAGCCCAGGUUGCAGCAAGGUUACCUUUCUCCAACCAUCUCCCACUCUCUCGAGCCAUCUCCUACCUCUUCUGCUGCUUCUUCCUCCAUUAACGAUAACAUCAACGAGCUUGUGGCCAACUCCAAGUCUGCUAUGGCCGAUGUGGAGGUCAAGUUUUCUGGGCCGCACGUUCUUUUGAAAACAGUGUCUCCGCCUAUUCCAGGUCAAGCUUUGAAGAUCAUAUCAGCGCUUGAAGACCUGUCUCUUGAAAUCCUUCAUGUCAGCAUCAGCACUACUGAUGAAACCAUGCUAAACUCAUUCACUAUUAAGAUUGGAAUUGAAUGCCAACUCAGUGCGGAAGAACUCGCUCUACAAAUCCAGCAAACAUUCUGCUGAUGAGUCUACCCAUACGAGCUAGUGGUGUGCAGACUUAACUACAGAUUGAUGCGUUACUCUCUUUUCUCCCUUGAUCUAUCUCUUACCGUGUCGCAACUUGCACGUGACUACGUAGGGAACGUGAAUUACCCACUAAUUAGUGGCUUCUCUUUUUAUAUUAACUGCUGUUUCAAGUGUAAUUGGUCAUGAAUCAUAUAAUUAGGAUCUUUUAGAGUUUUUUAGUAUAAAGUUCUUCUAGAGUUUGGGGGGGGUGACUAACACCGACUGCAAAGAUGAAUCCGGUUCUCUGGUUUUUCGAUCUCUCCAAGCUCUAUAAAGAUUUUAUAAUAAAAAAACUUUGAGAAAGCAUACUUGUGUGAUUCUGAUGUGACUGACCAAUUUCAAGUUUCAAU